GCCUCCUACCAAAAUCCCAGCCCCGUGGAGCCAGGUUCUCAUUCACAGCUUCUAGAGAAAUCUGAACCGGCACCUGCCAGAAUAGGGGAUCUCACCCACCCAGUUCAGCAGCGAGGACACCUGCAGGAACACAUUCCCAAAGCAAAGCGGGGCGGCCGAGUGAAGUAAGCAAUGGCCUCAGUUUUGCUUCUGUUUCGGAUGGCCACCACCACAUAGGGUCUGCAUGUCCUGCUGCUUCCCAGGAGCAGCCAGAAGGCCGCCUGCCUGCCCGUUUCAGUGGCAAUGUGGGAGGAGAAAAACUGUUGAAUGGACCACCGUUUCAGCAGACCAUCAGGUGAAUGGGACCAGUCUCUAUUCUUCCAAAAUAUCAGAAAGUAAGCCCUUGGGAAGGAGAUUUGGCCACGAUGACCCAUUUACAAGCUGGGCUCAGUCCUGAGACUAUAGAGAAAGCACGCCUGGAACUGAAUGAAAACCCAGAUGUUUUGCAUCAGGAUAUUCAGCAAGUUAGGGACAUGAUCAUCACCAGACCUGACAUUGGAUUUUUACGUACAGACGAUGCCUUCAUUCUGAGAUUUCUCCGAGCCAGGAAGUUUCACCAAGCAGAUGCCUUUAGACUCCUGGCCCAGUACUUCCAAUAUCGCCAGCUAAACCUGGACAUGUUCAAAAACUUCAAGGCAGAUGAUCCUGGAAUUAAGAGGGCCCUAAUCGAUGGGUUCCCAGGAGUGCUGGAAAAUCGUGACCACUAUGGCAGGAAAAUCCUUCUGCUGUUUGCAGCCAAUUGGGAUCAGAGUAGGAACUCCUUCACAGACAUCCUCCGCGCCAUCCUGCUGUCCCUGGAAGUCCUUAUUGAAGAUCCUGAGCUUCAGAUAAAUGGCUUCAUCUUAAUUAUAGACUGGAGUAAUUUUUCCUUCAAACAAGCCUCCAAGCUGACACCUUCGAUUCUGAAACUAGCCAUUGAAGGUUUGCAGGACAGUUUCCCUGCUCGCUUUGGAGGAGUCCAUUUUGUCAACCAGCCAUGGUACAUUCACGCGCUGUACACACUCAUCAAGCCAUUCCUUAAAGACAAGACCAGGAAACGGAUUUUUCUUCAUGGAAAUAAUUUAAACAGCCUUCACCAGCUAAUACACCCUGAGUUUUUGCCCUCUGAAUUUGGAGGAACCCUUCCUCCUUAUGACAUGGGCACCUGGGCUCGGACAUUGCUUGGUCCUGACUACAGUGAUGAGAAUGACUAUACUCACACGUCAUAUAACGCAAUGCACGUGAAACAUACAUCCUCCAAUCUGGAGAGGGAGUGCUCGCCCAAGCCAAUGAAAAGAUCACAGUCUGUGGUUGAAGCUGGGACCCUGAAACAUGAAGAGAAGGGAGAGAAUGAGAACACUCAGCCACUCCUGGCUCUGGACUGAGCCAUGAGCCACCCUGAUGCUCCUGCACACUGGCCUUCAGUGGUAUCAACCACCGAGGAAGCAUGUGUGUGAUUGACGCACAGACAUGUGCCAUCCGCUUGACUUGAGGCCCUGCACUCCUGACCCCAGCAAUGACUCUCACCAGCUGUUAGUCUGAGCAGCCAAAGUUGGAUAAAGUUUCUUUUUUCACUGAGGGGAUGGAGCAUGAAGCAAUGCAGUUAUGUAAAAAAAGAUAGCUCUCCCCAAAUACAUAUGGUAUUAAAAGAACUGAAACAAUGAAAAACUCCACUUGAUG